GGCCAGCAAAUCGGCUCAUCAUGCUGUGAUAUAUACGUUCAUAUAUAGCUUCUUUAUUUGAGAAAUCUGAACCUACUACAUAUAGCUGAUUCUACUACUUCCGUGCGCUAUGCUAUCCAAACUAAAAUGUGAGGAUUUUAAAAUCAUCGUUCUGGAUCUCAGUUGGAAUUUAUAAAAUUCAGCGUACAAAUUUCAGUAGAAUGGAUCUCAAAUUGGAAGAAGCAGGCCCGGCCCAAUUCCAGAAUCAUCGUUAACAAGCGGCCAGACUAGAUACGAGGGUGGGCCCAGUUAUCAAGGUGAUUGUGUGAAGUGUAGAGCGCCCACCUCCGUCAGCUGGGCACACGUAGAUAUAGCAGUAGCAGCAGCGGAGCUGUUCGACGAAAUGCCGCCAUGGCCGCCGUGUCUCCAGCCUACCCUCACCACCGCUCGCCGCGCCACCGUAUUCUCCAGGACGAGAUGUCUCUCUUCUACCCCCGCCUCUCCUACCUACGAGCAGGGGCAGCACGAGGAGGAGCCAUCGUUGGUCGUUGUGGGGGGCGGCGCGGCGGGCGUGUACGCCUCCAUAAGGGCCAAGACCCUUGCUCCGCACCUCAACGUCGCGGUUGUGGAGAAAGGCAGGUUCUUGUCCAAGGUCAAGAUCUCCGGCGGUGGCCGCUGCAACGUAACCAAUGGCCAUCACCUUGAGCCCAUGGGACUGGCGAGAAAUUAUCCAAGGGGGAACAAGGAGCUCCGAGGAUCCUUCUUUACCGCUCACGGUCCGCAGGAUACCAUGCGCUGGUUCACAGAUCACGGUGUAAAGCUUAAGACGGAGGACGAUGGCAGAGUCUUCCCUGUCACUGACAAUUCAGCUUCAGUUGUAGACUGUCUACUGAACGAAGCAAGAAGGCUUGGGGUUUCUCUGCAGGCCGGCAAAACUGUGUCUAGUGCAUCUGUUGCUCAAGACGGGAAGUUUGUUCUCAAGGUGGAGAAGCGUACUGCCGAUCUUGUUGAUUAUAUCAACGCUAAUUACAUCUUGGUUGCUACAGGUAGCAGCCAACAUGGCUAUUCAAUCGCUGCACAACUCGGUCAUUCCAUUAUUGCACCAGUUCCCAGCUUGUUCACAUUUAAAAUCGCAGACAAGCGGCUGGCUGAUCUCGCCGGGGUUACAUUUCCAAUAGUCAAAGCAAAACUGAAGCUAGAUGGUGUUCAAAAAAGUGUUCCCGAGUUAACUCAGACUGGGCCUAUGUUAGUAACACACUGGGGGCUUAGUGGGCCUGUUGUGCUGCGAUUGUCGGCAUGGGGAGCACGUGAGCUACAUCAGUGCAACUACCAAGGAAAUCUUAUGGUUGACUUUGUACCUGAUAUUCAUAUCGAGGACGUGAAGCGCGUCCUAUUCCACUACAAAGAUCAGCAUGCGAAGCACAAAGUGAGUAACACGUUCCCCACGGAGUUUGGCCUGGUGAAGAGAUUUUGGAGAUUCCUGCUAGAACAGGAGAGUUUAAAUGGUGAUACACACUGGGCCUCCAUGCCAAAUAAUCAUCUAAACGCAGUGGCCUUCCGGUUGAAACAAUGGACGUUUGAGGUUGUUGGAAAGGGCCAAUUUAAAGAUGAAUUUGUGACUGCAGGAGGUGUUCCAAUUACAGAGAUAUCGCUUGGCACUAUGGAAAGCAAGAAACAGCCAAACCUGUUCUUUGCAGGAGAGGUUCUUAAUGUUGAUGGGGUCACAGGCGGAUUCAAUUUUCAGGUCAUCCAUACAAGUCAUUCAGAAUAUUGUUUUUUUUGUUAAAAGAUCAAUAGAAUGCAUGGACCGGUGGGUAUAUAGCUGGGACAAGCAUAGGCACAUUGGCAUCGACUAGCAAUCUCCCAGAGCAGCAGUCAUGUUUCCAGUUGUAACUGGGAGUUUCAGAGAAGGAAAUGGAUUGAGUUAUGAAAGAGACUCCUCAGAUCAUCUGGGAAUGAUUCAGGGAUACCAACAAGUUUGCAAUCAAGAUAAGGAUAUUCCAAGAUGACCAGGAUCAGGGAGCUACAAUUGCUACUGAAUUGUAACACUAACCUAAGAUGGGGUACAUAUGACAAGACCGCACGAUUUUGGUUACAAUCUAGGUGUACAAAGUGCAAUCUGGAACGAUAAUAGUUACAAUCGAGUUAAACAAGUUGUGAUUUGUACUUGACCGAUCAGAGUGUGCAUCCAGCUAUGAUUCUUCUGUCUCAA